AAAUUAUGCAUAGGGAUGUUUGGGUUCCAACGGUGGGCCGCCAUUCAAGAAGCCGUUCUCAAGUUAAAUGGGUGGCACCCAUGAAACCAAAUAUGGCUAUCUCGUGUUAUUUAACUCUCUUCCAUCUCAUCAGGUUCUUCGUUUCGGUCAUUGACCAAAGUUUUCUCCACAACUCAGCAAACCUGUCUCUUCUCUUGGAAUAUUCAGUUGUGUGAUGUCUAAAAGGGAUCUGAACUUUUCGUGCACCGUGUCACUCCCCGAAAACUCACGCCCCACGCCCACCCUCCCCUUGGAUGUAGAUUCACUCCCUCUCCAUGAGGACCCUGUAGCAACAUGGCUCCUAUUCAGAAAUCUCACGGACCGCCUAGGUCCACCUACCCUCCCUCUGACCCGCCCACCACCGGCACCAUCCCCAAAAGCACCCGGAGCAGUCACGCCCCCGCCCAUCUGAACCCGGCGCUCCUGUCGUCGUCCACGUCGGGCGUGUCCUCGGAAGCUAAUGUGUCCCAACCCAACUCGGCCGACUUUGAAGGGGGCGUGGCUCUGAUGCCGCCGGCCCCACCUCAAAAUCUGUUCCUGGAACGAAUCCGUGAGCAACAAGACAAACUCAAAUCUUUGCGGGCUCAACAUUGGCAGAUGUUGCAACAGAGCCCGGAAACCAGGACUCGUAGUUUGGAGGGCCCGCCCCCGCCCACUGUCAGUGGGCCGGGUGGAUGGGAGGCGGGGCCAAGAUUGGAUCGAUCUCGAGGCGGGGAGGGACCGCCCGAGGCGGCUUUUAUCAAUCAGUCGUCGGUAAUGACUGCUUUGGCUCAGUUGGAGCACCGCAUCUCCAUGAUGUCGAGUUUCCCUCCAUCCGAGACUCCGGAAGAGCGACCCGUCGUUCCCUCUCAACUGGACACCGAAUACUUGGAUCGGUUGAAUUUGAUGAACAAUGACCGUGGUCGGAGCCGCAUUGAUGCCUCACCCAAACACGUGGAGCGGGACAAGUCCCAAGAAGAAAUGAGCGAGCUUCAGGACCGAUUGCGUAGUUUGCAAAGCAUGGUAAACAAUUUGGAACAACAACAUCAACAGCAACCCCCGAUUGCUCCCAUUCGGUCCUCUUGGGAGUCGGACCGGAGUUCCCAUCCCAAUCGCCCCUCUCACGAUCAGAUGAUGGUGGAGAUGCGGGAGCAACUUCGAUUACAAAAGGAGCUGCAUCUCCGGCGGAAAGAGCUCGAAGAUCUCAUGAAAAAGGACAUCGUUGAAAGUAUGCAAAAGAACUUUUCGGACUCGAAGAGUGACAUUUCCUUCCGGAGUUGGUUCCAUGACGACCGAUCCUUGCGUCAUUUGGACUCCAAUGCUCUGCCCAGCUCCAGCCGAUCUCGUCGUCUGUCCCUCUCUUCUAUUCCCAGCCACGCCCAGGCCUCAUCUGAGUUGGAGUAUGCCAAAAGUUACGCCCAUCUACAGGCACAGAUUGACAGUCUCCAAUCUGAGAUUCAGCGAUUGAACGCUGUAUCGCGGAAUGCGGGCGUGCCCACCAACCCCAAUGAAAUGGGAGGCGUGGCCAGGCCUCCGCCCAGCCUUGACCCUGGCGUUUUGGAGGCCAUCUUUCAGCAGCAAAACCAAAUCCAGCAACUCACGAAUUCCUUGAACCAAUGUUUCCAAGGGAUGAUGUUAGUUCAGAGGGAUGUGAACCAUCUGCAAAAGGCAAUGGACAAGGUCAAUCACCGGCAACAGCAAGAAACAUCCAAUGAGCGUCAGCAAGUGCGGGGUCAAAACGCCGGAGACUUUGACCCUUGGCAUUGUCAUCUCCCUGAUAUCGACUUCCGACCCAUUGGAGGUGGCGUUUCUCGGACAAACGCCAAUUUCCAGAACAUGGGCUUGACUGGAUUGGAGAAUAGCCACGCCACGUGGCUUCAGAGUAAUCCCCCGUCGAGCUUUGGUCAUGAUCCGUGGAAUUUGAACUCGCAAUUGAACCACCUGAAUGAUCCGGAUGCGAGUGGGGCAUUGAACAACCAAGUUGCCCCGGGGAUGAGAGCCAAUAACUAUUGGGACAAUUUUCGCAGCUUCUCUCGGCAGAAUCGUUUGUCAAACGCAUCACCCGGCUCCAUGCAGCCGCCCAAUGUCGUCAACCCUAUUGUAGCUACCUCUCACGCUGUGUCCGGAGUUGUUACAGGAUCAGGAGCUCCCAAUGUGGCCCAAGUCACACCACGGCAAUUGCAGGCGAAUCCAAGCGUUCCAAGUGCCGUUCCAGGCAAUGUAGUGGGACAAGCUUCAGAUCGAGGUUCAUCUCUCCCCAGACAAGCCUUGAUUGAGCCUCACUUUUCCAAUGUCAACAACUCGCCGCCAAGACCGAGGCGGAAGCAAAAGAUAAACCGUGAGCAAAACCGCGAGUCAUCGGGAGAGACCCGCAGUGCGGCCAUGGUCCUGCCCUCCUGCUCAAAUACGGCUUCGAACCAGCCCACCUCGUCCGGAACUGGAGCUGUGGCACGUAACAACGAGACAAACGGAUCCGUUGGAGGGGCGGCAGCCGCGGCCAUGGUCUACCCGAUGCCUCAAAAUCACGAUCGGAACAUUAAUCGAAGUGACUAUCAGGGCCAGGCCACCAAUGACACGCCAUCCACGCCUUCUAACAUGAUGGUGAACUCUUUGACGACGUCCAUCUAUCAACAUAUUGGCUCCCUGAUCAACGAAUAUGAAUCGCGGCCGGACCAUUUGGUCCGGAUUCUGCAGGAUAUCCAAGUGUUGGGUCGUUCGUUCCCAAUUGCAUUAAGUCGCACUCAAUCUGAAAUUGAGGCCCCGUUUGCGGGCUGGCCGUCGAAUGCCGGUCCCGUUUACCCUGAGCAUUUGCAUGACAACCGGGAUAAUCGGCAUUGCAUGUCAGCGAGCUCGCCCAAAGUCCCGGCGGAUAAACGGUUUUCGUUUUCUCGCUCAGAGGCAGCCGCCAAUAUCUUCGGUUUGGACGGAGCACGCGGCAACGCCAACAGCUCGGCCAAUCCUCAUAGUUUGGAGGGGAUCUUCCAUCCUUUCUCAAGCGUCACCAGACACCAAGGAACAGGGCCAGGAGGUGCCGAGAGUGACGGGGGUUCAGCCGGAGCUUCAAACGAAAUCCCGCAACCCGCCGAGGAUUCAGAGCCACCCUCGCUGAUGAAUAACACCCAUCAGCCCAAACGCUUGGCGUCCGAGAGCGCGGUGGUGCCCAAAAAUGUACAGAGAAACCAAAUUUCGCGUGAGCGUGAUACCCGAAAAUUCCGCCGAGAGAAACCCAGGAAUAUGCAACAGGCCGCCAUUGUUUUGGCUUCUAACUCCUCCUCUUCGGAGACCAUCGAGGACAUUCGGUCCGGGGAUAAGGACAGUACGUCUGUGGUGAAUCGCGUGCCGGAUGAAUCGGGUUUCAUCAAUGUCAAUUUCCGCCUGCCCAUGGCCUCGGUGGCUGCUUCCACUAACAACACGACCGUCGCUCAAGCCUCGUCCUCGUCUGACGUCGUGGAAGCCCGCAGUUUGGCACCCGGACCCUCGUCCACGGCAGGUCUGAACGACAUGGCCGAAGCCGAUCAAGACCAAUCGCCGGAAACGUCGAUGCAAAGCCACAAACGAUGCGUGGUGGUGGAUGGGGCCAAGGCUUAUUUGGACUCGUCGGACGAAGAGGAGAUCCUGGUCCAAGUUGGAUCCGACGAAGGUGGCGCCAGCUCCUUGCAAACGGAAACUGAGGACCAAAUGGGCUUAGAUCGGGUUCCAACCCGUCUCAGUUCGCAUAGUUUGAGUCAGCAGAGGCAGAAUGAGGAGCUCAAUCUCCGUAGCUUAGUGGAUGAGGUCUUGAACACCUCCUCCGAGUCAGAAUUAGUGGAGGACGCUUUAGAGGCCCCGCCACCUCCGCCUUCUUCUCAUGAAUGAAUCAAUGAAUCAGGCACAGAAAGAAUGAAUGUUUGUAAAGUUGAAGUGCAAAUACAAAUCGUUGGCGCAUUCGGAACGAAAUCAAAGGACAUAAUCGAGGACAUGGAAUUUGCUCUUUCAGA